AUGACGCUGGUUCAGUACCUCAAGCUGAUGGAGGCAAAACUAUUUGGAUUUAGCACCAAAGAAUUACAAAUGCUGACAUUUCAACUAGCUGAACGAAACAAGAUACCACAUCCAUUUAACAGAAUAGAUGAAAUGGCUGUGGUAGAUUGGCUAGAAGGCUUCAUGAAGAGACAUGCAGACUUAUCACUGCGUAAACCAGAACCGACUUCAGCUGCCCGAGCGCUGGGCUUCAACAAAGUUGCAGCCUCUAAGUUUUUUGACUUGCUAGAGCGACUUGUUGAUAAACACAAACUGACACCAAAUCAGAUUUUUAACUGUGACGAAACAGGGGUAACAACUAUGUCGAAAAGUUACCAGAAACUCAUUGCAUUGAAGGGACGCCGCCAAGUAGGAACGCUUACGUCUGCAGAGAAGGGCAACUGGUUACAAUAG